AUGUCUUUCCCCACAAGUUCAGACGACUUGCUCAAACAACUCGCAGAUCGAGCCGAUCUACAACAUACCCCAGCCGAGGGUUUCAACAACAAAGGCACCACCUCGUCUAUCGACGCUCAUGCUUCUCUUCCAGUGGCCUCGUCAUCGUCAAAUGCGGGGGGGAAAUCUCACUCCUCGUGGAAUAAACAAUCCGUAAGUUGCAAUCCGCUUUCAAGUCAACUGCUGGAUUUCAAUUUGAGCCGAAGAUGGCCUUGCCUGAUGCGGGAAGACUUACCAAUCCACUGGAAUACGCCCGAAUCGCCCACAGGGUAUUGA